AUGCCAGUUCGGCUGAUCGGUUGCGAUUAUCGGAAAUCUGCUAUGGAAGAUGAAAUUAUGCGAAGCGGACAGCGCUAUCAGUCGAUCGAGCCCCACGUACAUGAACCGUCGUCAGUUCUGCUAAAAUCGUGUUCAUUCGCGUUGGAAUAUCUAAUAGCAGCGUUGCUUUCACGUGGAGCAGUAGUCAAGGACCAGAUCUUGGUUUGUCAUCACGUCCUUUUCUCGGGACAUUUGCAUCUCAUUUUAAGAGCUGUUUGCUGCAAAAUGUUUGCGAAUUUGAAUACUUUUUGA